AUGAGGAAUAUGAAAAUCAUCAGCAUUGACGGGCAGUGCACACGCAUUGAAAGCGAGCAAAUGUGCAUUGCUAUCGAUCGACCAGGCUUUCCACGAAUCCUCUCACAUCGGCGACCGAGCAAAGUACACUUCACUUUUAUUCCGGAGGGAAAAAAAGAGGAAAAACAAAAUAUAGAGAGAGACGAGGAGGAGGAGGAGGAGGAGAGAAGAGAAGAGAAAAGAGAAGAAGAGCAGCAAAGAGGGAAAAAGAGGGAGGAAGAUAGAAGAAGAGCAAGGAGGAAAGGAGAAGACACUGUGGCAUGUUUGACCCGACCCGACCCAGUUGUUCACCCGAAACAGACCGGAACUGGUCUUCCUGCACAUCAAACAGCAUUCAAUGAUGACAACCGCAAACAGACAACGGUUGCGGAACAGCCGAAACGUGACUAA